AUGGGGGUUAUACUACUUCAUCAGCUUCUGUUCAGCGACCAACGCUGGACUGUGCAUGUUACGAGUAUGGUGAGGAUGGUGCCAGCAGAACUUGGGGAAUUGAAAGAACAGUUGCAAGAUCUUUUGGGUAAGGGGUUUAUUAACCAGAGUGCCUCUCCUUGGGGUGCUCCUGAAAAGAAGGUGAUUGCUUAUGCUUCUCGACAGUUGAAAGCGCAUGAGAAGAACUAUCCUGCUAAUGACUUAGAACUGGCAGAAGUGGUGUUCGCGCUGAAAAUCUUGAGGCACUACUUGUAUGGUGUCCAUUGUAAGGUGUACACUGACCACCGUAGGUUGCAGCAUGUGUUCACUCAGAGGGAUCUGAACUCAAGGCAGUGGAGAUGGAUGGAACUGCUGAAAGAUUACGACAUCACUAUUCUGUAUCAUCUGGGUAAGGAAAAUGUGCUGGCUGACGCGUUGGGCAGGAAGUCGACUAGUAUUGGAAGUCUGACUCGUUUGAUCUCUUCGGAGCGUCCAUUAGCUAGAGAGGUUCAUACUCUGGCCAACAGUUUUAUGAGGCUAGAUACUUCUAACAUGGGCAGGGUGUUGGCUUGUGUUGAGGCUCGGUCAUCAUUUCUGGAACAACUUAAGCUAAGUAGUUUGAGGAUGUCAAGUUGUAUAAAAUUUGUGACAAGGUGUUGUGUAAAAAGGCCAAGGAGGCCGUGA